CGGCUGGCCGGGGUGAGGAGGCGCUGCGCUUGGCGGCGGCCGCUCGGCAGUUUCUGUGGAGAGGAUGCGCCCUGAACGCGGAGAAAGGCGGACCUGAGGCGCCGGGCGCGAAGCAGGGGAAGCCGGCGGGAGGGCUCGGUGGCAGCGCAGGCGAAGACACCCUGGCGUCCCCUCAGACUAGCCCCGCGGGCACACACCUGUCUGCCUUCUCUGACCUCGAAGGCCUGGCAACACCUAAGUCUGAGAAAAUGGCCCAGUCCAAGAUCGACUGCCGCUCACCUGUCGGCCUUGACUGCUGCAACUGCUGCCUGGACCUGGCCAACCGGAGCGGGCUGCAGCAGGGCAACAGCCCGGAAAACAACAACGCGGGCAGCCCUACCGUGAGCAACUUUAAGCAGCUGCAAGAGAAGUUGAUCUUUGAGAACCUCAAUGCUGACAAGCUAAACAACAUAAUGCGGCAAGAUUCGCUAGAGCCUGUGCUGCGCGACCCCUGCUACUUGAUCAACGAGGGGAUUUGCAGUCGCAAAAUCGACCAAACCAUGCUCUCCAUCCUGCUCUUCUUCCACAGUGCCUCAGGAGCCAGCGUGGUAGCCAUUGACAACAAGAUUGAACAGGCCAUGGAUCUGGUGAAGAAUCAUCUGAUGUAUGCUGUGAGAGAGGAAGUAGAGAUCCUGAAGGAGCAAAUCCGUGAGCUGGUGGAGAAGAACUCCCAGCUGGAACGUGAGAACACCCUCCUGAAGACCUUGGCAAGCCCAGAGCAGCUGGAGAAGUUCCAGUCCAGGCUGAGCCCUGAAGAGCCAGCUCCUGAAUCCCCACAAGCACCUGAGGCCCCUGAUGGUUCUGCGGUGUAAGUGGCUCUGUCCUUCAGGGUGGGCAGAGCCACUAAACUUGUUCUACCUAGUUCUUUCCAGUUUGUUUUUGGCUCCCCAAGCAUCAUCUCACGUGGAGAACUUUACACCUAGUAUAGCUGGUACCAAGAGAUGUCCUGAGGACAUGGUCCACCUGGGUCCACUCCAGUGACAGACCCCUGACAAUGAGCAGCCAGGUCUCUGGAGGCUGAGUUGCAUAGGGCCUCACCAGUGCACCUGUAAUGCCACGAUGUCCUAGAGAUUCUUAGGACCUGGGCAACUUAUCUGCAACUGGCAAUGGAGAAAGGUAGUUUGAGAUGUUACACCAGUUUGCUCCAGAAAAAUAGAAGGGGUCUGUUUUCAUUUCCAUGGACAUCUUCAACAAGCUUCACCUUUCAAAGACCGUUCAUAUGAAGAAGCCACUUGUCUUUUAAGCAGAGGUAGCCUCUCUUCUCCCCUGCCUCACCAAAGCAGGGGCCACCGAUGAGAGAGAUUGAGCCAAGUCAGCCUUCUGUUGGUUAAUAUGGUAUAAUGCAUGGCUUUGUGCACAGCCCAGUGUGGGAUUACAGCUUUGGGAUGACUGCUUACAAAGUUCUGUUUGGUUAGCAUUGGCAUAGUUUUACUAUAUAGCCAUAAAUGCAUAUAUAUACCCAUAGGGCUAGAGCUAUAUCUUAGUGUAGCAAUGUAUACAUAUACACAUACACCUAUGUGUUGAAGGGCCUAACUAGCUUUGGGAGUACUGACUGGUCCCUUACAUCUUAAAGCUAAUUCUUUGACUGUGUUCAUUUACCAGCUUGAUCCAGUUCAUCCUUUAGGUUAAGACUCAAGAGUAAACAAAGAAAGAGGGGAGCCAGCCUCAGAAUGUGGCCACAGAUGCCUUGCUGCUGUAGCCCUUUCCCCAUCUGUCACUGUAGAUAGGUGAAGUCCUCUUUUGAAUGCCAAACCCACCAUUCACUGGUGCUGACUACAUAGAAUGGGGUUGAGAGAAGAUCAGAUUGGACUUCACAUUUCUGUUUGAGAAGUUUUUUUUUUAAAAAAAUAUUUGUGGAAAACUUUCAGGUGACUAGAAGGAUAGCAUCCUACUGUGGAUGAGGGUUAGAUGAGGGCAUGGCUGUGAUCCCACGGAGUCUGGGGAAUAUACCCUAGGAGCUUGUCUCGGGGGGUUCUGUGACAGUGAAUACUUUCCACUCUCUGACACCUUAUCCUGAUGUAUCUCUCCAGGAUUUGAAUUGUGAUUUUUCAAAUGUAGCUUGAAAUUUCAAUAAAACUUUGCUUUUUUUCUAAAAAUA